AUGGCGGAAAGAUACAUCCCCGAACAUCGGCGCACUCAGUUCAAGGCAAAGAACACUUUCAAGCCCGAUGAACUGCGGCGCCGACGUGAGGAACAACAGGUGGAGAUUCGUCGUCAGAAGAGAGAAGAGAAUCUGGCCAAGCGGAGAGGGGUCCAACGUGGGAAUGGAGAGAUCGGGAUCGGUGGACUCACGGAAGCAGACAGCGAUGACGAGGCGGGCAACAUUGAGACCGAGUUGAGCACAGAAUUGCCAGAGAUGGUCAAAGGAGUCUUCUCGGACCAAAUCGACGCCCAAAUCCAAGCCACCACCAAAUUUCGCAAACUCCUGUCCAAAGAGCGCAACCCUCCUAUUGAGAAAGUCAUCGAGACCGGUGUCGUCAGUCGCUUCGUGGAGUUCCUUCGAUCUCCUCACACCCUUGUCCAAUUUGAAGCCGCUUGGGCUUUGACCAAUAUUGCUUCCGGAUCGGCGGCUCAAACACAGGUGGUUAUCGAGGCCGGGGCCGUCCCUAUCUUCGUUGAACUUUUGAGCAGCCAUGAGCCAGAUGUCCGUGAGCAGGCAGUGUGGGCUUUGGGCAACAUUGCUGGUGACAGCCCUGCUUGCCGUGACUAUGUCCUGAGCCAGGGGGCCUUAAAGCCUCUCCUCAACCUGAUCGCUGAUGGCCGCAAGUUGAGCAUGCUUCGCAAUGCGACAUGGACUUUGAGCAACUUCUGUCGUGGAAAGACUCCCCAGCCAGACUGGAAUACUAUUCAACCUGCCCUCCCUGUCCUGUCCAAACUCGUCUACAUGCUUGAUGAUGAGGUUCUCAUCGAUGCCUGCUGGGCAAUCUCUUACCUCUCCGAUGGAUCCAAUGACAAGAUUCAAGCAGUUAUCGAAGCCGGCAUUCCUCGCCGCCUGGUCGAACUCCUCAUGCAUGCUUCCACCUCUGUCCAAACCCCCGCCCUCCGAUCAGUCGGCAACAUUGUCACUGGGGAUGAUGUGCAGACCCAGGUCAUCAUUAACUGUGGAGCCCUGACUGCUCUGCUGUCUCUCCUCGGCUCACAGAAAGAUGGUAUCCGGAAAGAAGCUUGCUGGACGAUCUCAAACAUCACGGCUGGUAACUCUACUCAGAUCCAAGCUGUCAUUGAUGCCAAUAUCAUUCCUCCUCUGAUCCAUCUUUUGUCCAAUGGAGAUUUCAAGACCCGAAAAGAAGCUUGCUGGGCCAUCUCCAAUGCCACCUCCGGAGGUCUUCAGAAGCCAGACCAGAUUCGAUACCUCGUCUCUCAAGGCUGCAUCAAACCCCUCUGCGAUUUGCUUGCAUGCCCGGACAACAAGAUUAUUCAAGUUGCUCUGGAUGGAUUGGAGAACAUUCUCAAGGUCGGAGAAAUGGAUAAGGAGGCUGCCGAUCCUCGAGCUCCAGAGGGACAAGUCAACCGAUAUGCUCUGUUCAUUGAAGAAGCCGGUGGGAUGGAGAAGAUUCACGACUGCCAGAAUAACGCCAACGAGGAGAUUUACAUGAAGGCAUAUAACAUCAUCGAACGAUAUUUCUCGGAUGAAGAAGAUGCUGGAGCUGAUAUUGAAGAAUUGGCACCACAGGCGAAUGCCACUGGCUUCACACUGGGUUCGAACCAACCUCAAGGACAAUUCAACUUUGCAAACGGCAAUGAUUCUAUGGACAUGUAA